AUGUGCCUGGAUGGUGCGGCACGCACUGGAGACUGGAAGAAGGCCAAGAGGGAAGAUCCAGAUGGUUUGAGCUGGCUCACAGAGUGGGUGGUGGCAGCCCGCACAGGCCAGCUGGAGAACAAGCACCUUGGAAGAGAGCAAGAUUGGGAAGGCCGUGUCGCCAGAAUUUGUAGAAAGUGA